UAUUGAAUAACUAAUGACCCCAUCCCUAUCUCCAUCUGUAUCCAGCGACCCCAGUUCGCCUGUUCAAGUACCAGGCAGAGGCUACAUCUGCACCCAAAACCAACGAUGCAAGGCGUGUGGCUACCCGGGUCUCCCAGCUCAUCCUUCGGGUAGUCUCCCAGUGCAAGCACCGGGGUGGCAUCUCCAUGGUGGACCUCAAGCAUGCCCUGGCUGCUGGUGGCUAUGAUGUUACCAAGAACAAUACCCGUGUGAACUUAGCUGUGAAAGGCCUGGUGAGGAAGGAGACACUGGUGCAGACUACUGGAGUUGGUGCAUCUGGGUCAUUUAAACUCAACAAGAAACUGACGUAUGAGAAGAGAGUUAAGACAAGAGCCAUGAGAAACCUUGCAGCAGCUGAGAGGGCCAAGCAGAAAAAAGGAAUUUUGAAGCCAGCAGCAGAGAAAGGAAAGGCCUUGAAACCAACAGGAAAAGGCCAGAAACCAGGAGCAAAAACAACUAAACCAGCAGGAAAAGCUCUGAAACCAGGAGCAAAAACAACUAAACCAGCAGGAAAAGCUCUGAAACCAGGAGCAAAAACAACUAAACCAGCAGGAAAAACAGCUCAACCAGCAGACAAGAACAAAACAGUUGUAGGAAAAGGUCAAAGGGAAAUAGGAGAUAGACCAAAACAAGUAGGCAAAAGCCACAAACCAGCAGGACAAGCAUCAAAAUCACCAGCCAAGGUCCAAAAAACAGGCUACAAAGCCCCUAAAUCUGCAGGAAAGUCCUUGAAAGCAGCCAAUCAGAAAACCCGUAAAAUGGUUGUAAGCCGCAAUACAAAGCCACGGAUAUAGUGACCUGGGCUUGCUAAAAGACGUGCUUCCUUGUGGAAAUGGACUGAGUAUGGACUAGAAGAAUAAUAUGUCCGUAGUAGAUUUGCCAAAUUACCGUAGCCUUACGUAUACGACUGUUAUAUUUUGUCAAUGUAAUAAAAAUCAAUACAAUGUUCCUCACAAAUUACAUGUACACUACCGUUCAAAGGUUUGGGGUCACAUAGAAAUGUCCUUUAAAUCAGAACAGUUUUCAGCUGUACUAACAAUUACCAAAUGGUUUUCUAAUGAUCAAUUAGCCCUUUAAAACAAACUUGGAUUAUCUAACACAAUGUGCCAUUGGAACACAGGAGGUUGCUGAUAAUGGGCCUCUGUACACCCAUGGAGAUAUUCCAUAAAAUAUCUGCCGUUUCCAGCUACAAUAGUCUACACUGUAUUUCUGAUCAAUUUGAUGUUAUUUUAUUUAAUGGACAAAACAUUUGCUUUUCUUUCAAAAACAAGGCCAUUUAAGUGACCCUAAAGUUUUGAACAGUAGUGUAUAUUGAGUGAUUAUUUGACCAGUAUUACAUGAAAACAUGAUUUUUGUCCC